CACCUUCCUCGCCUCGUACCAUUGUCAAGAGGUAUACCGCAUUCUGCAUAUCCUUCCACGGCUGACGAUACCCAAUCAAGGAGCUGCAGCGUACCUCGUGCCAUGUUCUCCUCCCCUGCACGGCCGACAUCUUCGCGGAGGACGGCGGCUCGACCCUCGUCUGUCCAUUCCUCUCGAGCAGGCACGCCCGUAGCCCGCACCUCCUCGCCCUCAAAGGCAGUAAACGCCUCAUUCUUCGAUGGUCCCUCUAGGAAUGCCGCGUCCCCUUCGCGUCAAACAUCUGCGCUGGGAGGAACUUCUUCUAUGGCGAGGGAGCGGAGCAAAGGUAGCGCCAGGAGGAGGGACGUCUACGACGAUACCGCUAGUCAGGCGGACGGAGACGAGGCAGUAGCGCAACAGCAGCUCUCCCUGCCUGCUGGGACUCUGUUGAAGAAAGACGGCCAUAGCGCAGUGACUGUCUUCUCUGAACUUCCGAGAGAGGUACGCGAAGCUCUGGAAGCGGCAGACCCAUAUGUAGACGCAAGUACUGGAAGUUUGGAUGUAGUGACAGAGCAUGGGAUUCUGGUGACGAGCCGGAAGACCUACGUCUGGAGCUUUGGUAAUCGCAAGGGCUCCUUCACCACAUGCUACACGUUCUCAUCCCCUCCCUCCUCCGGUAGCCACGUACAUGCCCUUCCAUACGCCUCCUUGGUCCCUCGCUCAGCAGGAAGGGAGCCUGGCCUGCUCCUCGUCUCGGUCGACGGCGCUCUGCGCUUCUGGGACAGUAUUGCCUCCUCCCUUUCCGGCAGCGAGCGGUAUCAGUCCCUCGACGUUGCCCUCGGCGCUGCAGAGAGCGUGAUCAACUUGCAGAGAUGUGACUCGAACACUUUUGUCCUGGCAACCAGCCAAGGCCGACUCUUCAGAAUCACAAUCUACUCGUCGGGCGGAAGGCUGCAGGCCAACCUCGCGCCAUUCAAUCAACAGCGCGGCAUCUUCGGCCGGCUGUUCGGCGGCGGUGGAGCGACGACCUCUGGCUUCGGUACGGGGUCGGAAGGGGUGAUAGCGCUUGCCCCAUCGCCAGCUUUGCAAGGACAAGGCAGCAGAGAUUUCUAUGCUGCUGGGCAUAGGGUGAUUCAGAAGUGGAGACUGGCAGACAGCGGGGGCGAGAAGCUUCUAGUCGAGCAGGACGUUGGCGGCUUGCUGGCAGCGCUGAUCGAUGGAGAGAGCGAGGAAGGUACGAACGCUGCAGAUGCAAUCAGUCUCGAGAUCAUCGAUGCCGCCGCUCAGAGCGACGGAGGUGUAUGUCUGCUUUACUCGUACGCUCGUCAGACCAACAAGCCCCUGUACUACGGUGUCACUAGCUUGGCUCUCAGCGAACAAGGAACGUUCACUGUGGACAAGAACGAUCUGCUCGAGUAUCGCGCUCUGCGAGAUCCUCGCCCGUACACGACUCCUCGUCUCGUGCUCCCAAAUGGGGGCUCAGCCUACUUUGUCAUCUUUGUGGACACAAUAGUCACUGGUCUGAGUGGAGAUCAGGGUACAGGCACGGCACUUCAAGAUCAGAUUGUGCUCAAGGACAGCGUUCGAAAUCGCGUCCUGGGCUACGGGAGUGAAGACGCCGAAGUGCGCUCAGACGGCUCCGUCGCUGCUAUCACUUGCCUGUGCGCUCAGAGCGGGACACUGCUGAUUGAAUUCGAUGUCACAGCCGCCGAGGCUUUCACAGAGAGACUUGAGAAGCCUUCUCAGCGUCUCGCCGCUCUGAAUGAGCGCCUCCAGCGCAAGGUCGAGCAAGCGAUCUUCUUCGACAAGGGUCUCGCCAACCCGCUUUCCUUUUCUAUCACUGAUCCUUCCACCCUGCAGGGCGAGCUUCCUUCCGUCGUCGAGACGAUCAGCUCUUCCAUCCUCAAUUCGUCGUCACCGGACCUCCAGUCUUUUGUGGACCUCCGAGAACAUCUCGCCGACCAUCUUGAGAGACUGGUCAAGCUGGCCGAGGUCAUCAAGAGCAAUGAUCUAUGGAGGCUGGUGCCACAUCGCAGCAGGUGCCGACUAUCGUCGGAUGCUGAGCUACUAGCAGCGGGUGUGGACCUCUGGGCAUACCACAACGAAGUAGUCAAUAUGUUACAUGGUGCGGGCGAUAUUGGAGGAGGCGCCUCGACCCCUCUGGGCGACGCCAUCAGAGAUGUGAUGGCAGGACUGGGACUGGGACUUGGAGGAGAUGCUGUGAGGAUGUUCUUCAGAAACAGCUUGAUCGCUAUCUCGUCUGUCUUCGAGCACCUUCUGGCUCGUCUCAGAGCUACAGAGGGCCAUUCACUGGAUACACGAGGGGAGGAGACUGCAGAGAUCAAUCGUGUUGCCUUGACUGCCUUCCAAGCGGCUUUCAGGUACAAGCAAGCGUCGGUAGACUUAUACGGGCUGGAGAACAAGAUGUCCUUUGAGGCCUGGACAUGCAAGGUCACCUCGAUCCAACUACUAGAGUCUCUUUUCAUCGCUACCGAAGCUCUGAUUCGAGAUCGCACGCGAGAGUUGGGUAGUAUUGUGGAUGUAGACCCUAGCACUGCCUUUGGUGUGUCAGAGAACGACCCUACGGCAAUCCAACAGGGAGCUCAGCUCGAGCUCAAGACGCAACUAUGCGAGCUGUCGCGGUACACACUCGCCUCGUACGAGGAGCGCAUCUCCUAUCUGACCUCUGAUCCUGCUCUCGAUCGCGAGCGCUCGACAUUUACAGCUCGCUUUCGGUCAGCUCGGCCCAAGUUGAUCCAUCCACUGGUCGCCAUAGGAAGAUCAGACCGGGCCUUUGCGCUGGCUGAGCGUCAUCGAGAUUUCAGAACUUUGACGGAGCUAUGUCUAGACCCCAAUGCCGGACACUCUGCUUCUCACAUUCAGAGGUACUUGCGUCAAUACCGCCAGGGUUUCGCAUUCGAGCUCUACCAGUACUACGUAGAGCAGAAUCGCCUCAAGGAGCUUCUCGAGCAAGGCUCCGAGUGGGGUGAUCUGCUGCUCGAAUUCCUGAAGGCAACGGACAAUGCCUCGAUUUCUUGGCUGCACGACUUGGCUCUGCAACGUUACCACGAUGCAUCUCAGACUCUUCUGCAAGAAGCUACAUUCGAGGGAGUUUUGAGGAGCAAGAAUGUCCUCCUCAGUCUGGGCAAGCUCACUUAUGUCGCAGAGCUGACCGAGGAUCGAAUCGCCACCGAGGGCGAGCAGCGCAAGAUCCAGCUCAUCGAUGACCAGCUCGACCUGAUCAGUAUUCAUGAGAGGCUCCUGACCCUCUUCAAUUCUGUCCUCCCCUCUCGUGGGGCAAAGGAGGUCCACCAGCAAGCAGAACACGUCGUCGCUGCCCUCUGCCAGAGACUUGCGGCCGAGGAGCAAGAAGCGUACUUGGCGCACUAUCGAAAUCUUGCAGAGAAGCUACUGCAGGGGCAAGUCAUGUCCUCGGAGGACCUAAUCGAUCUUCUUACACUCAAGGACGUCUCCUCUGCCUCUCUUUCGGCAGAAGACGAAGACCCAGCCCAGCAGCAGCAGCAGCAAGACUUUAGCACUGCCCUCGAGAUCUGUAUUCGCGGCAGCGAUCUACGCGAAGCGCCCCUGCGACUCCACCUCUCCCUCUGCUCCAUCUGGCGACGGGCCAUCCUUCAGGACGACUGGGCUAGUAUUGCGCACACGGCAGGGUUGAGCGAUCAAGAGCUUGCUGCGAGAGUGGCAAGGACGACCCUUGCCAAGACGCUUAGAGGAGCGUAUACCGCAGAACACCUCAGGGAGCUCUUGCUUCCAGUAGAGACGCUGAUAGAGGGGGAGGGGGAGGAAGAAGCAAGAGAAGUCCUCCUAGCGCGAUUCAAUCAGUACGGUCCCCCUACUGCUCACGGAGCUGCAACUGGAGCUCAACAGAGCAUUUCCUCGUCGACUUCUUCUACAGCCGCGCAAGUUGAAGUCCUCUUUGCUGACCUGCAAGCCGAAUUACGGAAUGUGCGUGAGCUCUUGGAGGGAGAAGCGGGAGUGUGGAUUCUAGAGGCGGUGAGGAGAGCAGAGGCAGAGGCAGAGGCAGAGGUCGAGGGGGAGGGGGAGGGAGAAGGGAUGCUGGAGUGAUGAGAGAGCCGUACUAGCAUUUGAGGUGGGAUGGGAUAGGAUGAGAUGGGAUGAGAUGGGAUGAGAUAAUACCAAGAA